AUGGCGAUUCUCCGGAUAGAGGGGGCAACACUUCGGAUGGAGCUGGUAGAGGCAGAAGCGAGCUGCGACCCUUGCUGCAGUGCAAGGGCGGGAAUAGCAGCGAAUCAGACGGCACAGAGAAGCUUGCUUUUCUCAUUUCUGACAGUCGUCAAAGGCGCUUAUUUUGCGCUAGAAGUUUGUGAUACGUGUUUUAAAUUUGGGGCUGCAUUGCCAUUUAUGCUUUUCUUUUUUCUGUUUUUCUUACAUCAUCUUAGAUAUGAUUUAUCCAAAAUUUGUUUUAGGGCUAUCCGCCAUCCAGCAAGUGGAUAUGUCCAAGGAAUCAACGACCUUGUCACUCCAUUUUUAGUAGUAUUCUUGGAAGAGCAUCUUGAUGGAAAUAUGGAGAGUUGGGACAUUUCACAUCUUUCUCCACAAACAAUCUCCAAUAUUGAAGCCGACUGUUAUUGGUGUCUUUCUAAGCUGCUUGAUGGCAUGCAGGACCAUUACACAUUUGCUCAGCCGGGAAUACAACGUCUUGUCUUUAAGUUGAAAGAACUUGUUCGUCGAAUUGAUGAACCUGUUUCAAGACACAUGGAUGAACAAGGACUCGAGUUUCUUCAGUUUGCUUUUCGUUGGUUCAAUUGUCUCUUGAUACGAGAGAUCCCUUUUCAUCUCGUUACACGACUGUGGGAUACAUACCUGGCCGAAGGAGAUUCAUUACCGGAGUUUCUUGUGUAUAUAUCUGCCAGUUUUCUCUUAACG